UAAUAUUUCUAAUGAUUUGUCUAUUUCAAAACAAAACAUAACUUCUUUUCCUCGAGAUCAAUUGCUCGCGGGACUCAUUCGCAAACCCUUAAACUACACAAAACCACCUAAUUUCUAGGCAGGAUGACAUCCAAGGUGUUGUUGAAUAAGUUCUCCUCCUCCAUCCGGCACGUAUAUGUGGUCAAUCUUGUUCCCUCGCUGUCCUUCUCAACCAACAAACCACCAACAGAAAAACCGGUCAGUCCGCGGAUGGAAGAGUUCCAGAAGAAGUUGCGCGAGAAAACUCCCAUCGGUAAGCUAGAUGAAAUCGUCGGCAAGCAUCCUUACCAGGAGAAAGAACCGUUAGAACCGUUCCCAAACAAUACAAAUCCAACCACGGGGGAAAUCGGUGGACCGAAAGGGCCGGAACCAACCCGAUACGGAGACUGGGAGCGCAAGGGUCGUGUUAGUGAUUUUUAACAUGCGAACCCACACUGUGUGGAUAAAUUAUUUUUAUCAUAGUGCGUUUGGAUGUUAGCAUUUAGAAGAUCUAUCCCGUUUAAAAAAAAGAUGUUAGAAUAGGUUUGAAGUUACUGGUAGUUUCAUGAUAUUUCAAGGGCGGCAAUUUAAGGUCAUCGUGUAAGUAAUCGUGUGAAACUCCAAGCUGCAUCACGUUAUUGCACAAUAAAUGGGAUGUAUUUUAGUUCGUCAGUAGAUCGGACUG